CCAUCUUUAAUUUUUGACUAUUAUAUGAAGCUUCAUAGACAUAACCUACUGCAGAAUUAAGGGGAAUACAUUUUUGGUACUCAAACGAUGGCAGACAACAAAAUACAAAUACCUAAUUUAUCUAAAGAAGAUGAAGCUGUAUAUCGAGAAUUACUUUUAGUAGAUUUAGUUGACCUGCAAGACAUUAAACAGAAACGAAAACGAAAAAGUUAUCGUGUUAAGGUGGAGAGUUAUCUGGACAGAAUACACCAAAAUAAUCCUAAUGCGCUAUUAAUUUGUUAUGCAAUAGAUGUUUUGGCAAAUAUAGUGAAGCCACAGUACCAAGAACCGUUAUUUAGAGAAGCUGAGAACUUAUUUCACAAACUUGUAGCCGACCUGCAAAACGUCAAACCUAAUAAGAAACGUAAACGUAGUCGUGCUGAGAUUGAAAAGUAUCUAGAAACUGGACCCGAAGAUCGUUAUGUAUUAUUUUUCGUGGCCGAUAUUGUGAUGCCAGAAUACAAAGAACUGAUACUUAAAGAAGCUAGAGCUUCACUUCAAAGGCAACUGGAAGACAUUGAACCAAAGAAGAGACGAAAACGUAAACAAAAGCGAAAGAAACCUCGAGUUGAAGAAGAGAAAGAGAAUGAUGGCGACUUUGAGAGAUCUGAAAAGAGUGGUGUAGAACCAAGGGUUAAAACCCCGAACUGGCACGAAACAUUGAGGAAAAAUUACCCGAGUAUUAUGGAAAAUGUUCGAGUUAAAGACAUCGUGGAUCAUCUGUAUAGUAAACAACUUAUUGAUUGGGAUGAGAUGGAUGUGAUAAACACGAAAUUGAGAUCAGCGGGAAAUAGAGAAGCUUUGACAUACUUGAUGAAAAUCCUGUUAAAUUCCACUCAAACAAUAUUGCCAUCAUUUCUCCAUUGUUUAAAUCAAACUGGAUAUGAUUUCAUUGCAAAUUGUUUAAAGGACGAUAUGAAACCCAAUGACGUAAAUGACGUAGACGACAUGAAAUCCAAUGAGUGACAGAUCAAGAAAGAUCAAAAAGUCUUUUUUUUUGGUUUAUCCAGACUGUACAAACACGAACAUUUAUGAUUGGUCAAAACUCUUAAUAAGAACAUAAUGAUAUGAUUAACCCAUCUUCAAUAUUAUAUCUGAUAUAAUUUAUAUUUCCAUAGAUACGUGUGUGACCAUCUUUUCUUAUACAUUUUUUUCGUUACAUGAAAGUAUUUAAAAAAAGCUCUCAGUAUUUGAGAAAGAUUAUAAAUAGUUAAAUAUUUCCUUAUUUAUAAGAAAUUAUUCAUAUGAGAUCUAUUCAUUGUGUAGGUAUAGGCCUACUCAUUGCAGGUGUAUAGACUAUACCAUUUCGUUCAGCUACUUUGACUUGUGCUCAAACAUGCAGAUCUUAUGGAUAUGGAAUAUUAGUUCGAAUUAAUAAUAUCGGGUGGCCGAGAUAAAACGAUAUCACUUUUCAAUUCAUGAUUAUUCAUAAAGUAUUAAAGGGGAGAUCAUAACGACCUCAUAUUUAUAUGGAU